GCGGCCACCAAGACGUCCACACCAUAUAAGCUACGUCCGACCGAUCGAUUUGACCGGCACUGGACUGCAGUUAUUUUCCGUCGUUCUUUCGGCCCAUCGAAAGAAAAACGUUUCGAAGCUCCGGUUCCAUCCAAUCGAAGACACCCAAGCCCGGUCCAUCAGAUGUGGGUCUCGAGGGCCGCGCUCCUUUUGUGCUGUCUUUCUUCGAUGAACGCGCUUGCUCUUGCUUUUACGAGAAUAGCAUCCUCCGCGAUCCGUCGGUCCGUCCAUCGCAGAGAAACGACCAGAGGAACGAUACGGCUGUGUUCGAGCAGCACAAGUGAUACCGAUACCACCAGCAACACAGAAAAAGACACCGAGCAAGGAAACGGAAAAACCAAAAGCAGCUCGCUCAGCGAUUUCAGCAAAAAGAGCAAGAAAACACGGAGCCGCAUCCGCCGAGAGGAACAGGAACGCCUCGGGGAGUCCCAAACCAAGCUCACCUGGGAAACCUACGACUAUUCCUUGAAUCCAAAGCAGGACAAUCGCUUUAGCAACGACGGGGCUUCCAUCGCCGCCAACAUCGGGCUGGACGUCGAAGAAGAGGCGCGGGAGGACCGGAGGCACGCCGAGGAGCUCAGGGAUCGAAACAAUGCCUACUUGAAGCUGGACCCGGAACUGGUCACCAGGGCCAUCGACGCGCUCGAGCCGUGGAUCAACGACGACCGCCUCAAACGCGUCUCGGGGGUCCUCAAGCAGCGCACCAAACACAGCAAGUUCCUCUUCGAAAACCCCUCCAAUCCCUCCAACGUCUGGGCCUGCCUCCGAACGAUCGAUUCCUUCGGGCUCCAGAACGUCGACCUGGUGAUCGAGUCCGGCCGGUACGCCGGCAAGCAGGCAGUCAGCCAGAAGAAGGGGAUGCGCGUCGCCAUGGGGAGCGCCCAGUGGCUCACCCUGACCAACCACGCGACCACGAAGGAAGCCAUCGAACAGAUCAGGGACGUCCAGGGCUACAAGAUCUACGCCUCGGACCUGAACCCGAAUUCCAAGGACGUCCGGGACAUCGAUUGGGACGCCGACGACCGCCCGGUGUGCAUCGUGAUGGGCAACGAGGACAGGGGAAUAUCCGACGAGAUGAGGGAGCUCGCGGACGAAACCUUCACCCUGCCCAUGUGCGGGUUCGCGGAGUCCUUCAACCUGAGCGUCGCGACGUCCAUCACCCUGGCCCACAUGUCGGCGAGUUCCUACCACUGCAACAAGGAGGAAGAAUCGGAGAAGCAACGCAAGGGGCCGCUGCGGCCGGGAGACCUGAGCGAGCACGAAUACAACUGCCUUUACCUGAAGGGRUUGCUCAACAGUCUUCCCAAAAAGAAGAUGGCCACGGCCCUCUUGAAGCAAGCCAACGUCGAAUUGCCGAAAGCCCUGGGAGAGCUCUAGCAAGCUCGCGUUCGUUUACGUUCGAAACAACGACGGGACACAAUCAAUGCAAUACGCUACU